UCUCUCUCUCUCUCUCUCAUGGAAAAUUCUUACUUAGAAACACAGAGUCCCCAGGAGGUGGAGAUCACAUUCCUUGCACCGAUACUACAAUGCCCUGAAGGAGUUAGACCUACCACUUGCAGUAACGGUGAAACCAAAUGUAACACCAAUGGUCUCUCUUUGACAUGGAACGACUUGUGGGUUACAGUGCCUGAUGGAACAACUGGUGGGCACCGGUCGAUACUUCAAGGUGUUACAGGGUAUGCCAGGCCUGGGGAGAUCCUAGCUAUCAUGGGUCCUUCGGGCUGCGGCAAAUCCACCCUACUUGAUGCCUUAGCAGGGAGACUAGACUCAAAGACUAGACAUAAUGGUGACAUUUUAGUUAAUGGAUUCAAAAAAACAUUAGCAUAUGGAACAUCUGCGUAUGUGACGCAAGACGAAUCACUUAUCCAAACACUUACUGUCCGAGAAAGUGUCUACUAUUCCGCGCAGCUCCAACUACCAGAUUGCAUGUCAAAAGCCGAGAAGAAAGAGAGAGCUGAAAUCACGAUAAGAGAGAUGGGCCUUCAAGAUUCCAUGGACACAAGAAUCGGAGGGUGGGGAGCUAAAGGCCUGAGUGGAGGCCAAAAGAGACGAGUUAGCAUCUGUAUUGAAAUCCUAACUCGCCCUAAGCUACUCUUCCUUGAUGAACCAACAAGUGGUCUUGAUAGUGCGGCUUCAUAUUAUGUGAUGAGCCGAAUCGCAAAACUUGAUCAACAUGAAGAAAGGACAAUUAUCGCAUCCAUUCACCAGCCUUGCAGCGAAGUCUUUGGGCUUUUCCAUAAUCUCUGCCUUCUUUCUUCUGGAAGAACUGUUUAUUUCGGGAACGCUAACUAUGCGCAGGAAUUUUUUGCUUUGAAUGGCUUCCCUUGCCCCAGUUUCCAAAAUCCUUCUGAUCACUUUCUUAGAACAAUAAACAAGGAUUUUGAUGAGGAUAUCGAACAAGGUUUGUCUGGAAGGAAACCUGCUGAGGAAGUGAUUAAUACCUUGAUAGAUUCAUACAAAUCAUCUAGUACUUACCAAGAAGUUAGCAAUGGAGUUACUGAAAUAUGCAAGAAGGGAGAUGGAGCAUUUGAUAAAAAGAAAAAUCAUGCUAGUUUCUCAACUCAAUGUUUCGUACUCACGAGGAGAUCUUUCAUGAACAUGCAUCGCGAUCUUGGCUACUACUGGUUGCGCCUUGCUAUCUACAUAGCAUUGUCAUUAGGUCUUGGAACACUCUUCUAUGAUGUUGGCUCAAACUACAAUUCAAUUCAGGCUAGAAGUUCGAUGCUGAUGUUUGUGGCCACAUUUUUAACAUUCAUGGCAAUCGGUGGAUUCCCCUCGUUUGUAGAGGACAUGAAGGUCUUCGAACGUGAAAGAUUAAAUGGACAUUAUUCAACUAGCACAUUCGUUAUAGCCAACACGCUAUCUUUAACACCAUACUUGUUGCUAGUAUCGGUGAUUCCUGGGGCCUUAGCAUACUACCUAACAGGACUUCGUGAAGGGAUUCAUCACUUUGCAUAUUACACAUCCGUACUGUUUUCUUGUAUGCUGCUAGUUGAGAGCCUAAUGAUGAUUGUCGCGAGUAUUGUUCCAAAUUACUUAAUGGGAAUCAUAGUAGGAGCGGGGAUCCAGGCCUUUAUGGUCUUAGGUGGCGGGUUCUUUCGCUUACCCAAUGAUUUACCUGAUCCUUUUUGGAAAUACCCGUUGUAUUAUGUUGGAUUUCACAAGUAUGCUUAUCAGGGAUUGUUCAAGAACGAGUUUGAAGGAGUACAGUUUGUAUAUAGCGAAGAAGGAGUGGAAAAAGUGGUGGAUGGAGGGUAUAUAUUAAGAGACACAUGGCAAGUUGAAAUGGCCUACUCAAAGUGGGUCGAUUUGGGGAUCAUAUUAGCGAUGGUGGUGAUUUCUCGGUUUUUGUUUUUCGUUAUAAUAAAAAUCGUUGAGAAUGUUAAACAUAUUUUAAGCGGUUUGAUGUUUGUCACUCCCAAGAAGCAGAUCACGCAAGUAAUGGUGAAUCCUCUUACGACACCUUCGCAUUAAGUAGGGCGGCCUUAAGAUUUGUAGGUUGUAUCUGAAUUUUCAAGAAGUCAAAUUUUAUAACUUUUGCCAAGUUUAGAAUAUGGGAAGUAUCUGUAAUAGUGUUUUAUACAAUAAUAUAUACUAAUAUUAAUAUCUAA